AUGUCAAACCUGGCGGCGCCUCCGUAUAUCCUUGCGAUCACUAAAUUGGAUAUUUUGGAUGAGUUCGAGGAAAUCAAAGUAGCCGUCAGUUAUGAGUUGGACGGCAAGACAUAUACGGAGGCGCCGCCAGCAAAUGCCGCGGAUAUGGCGAGAGUUAAAGUGAAUUACGAGACUUUUAAGGGAUGGCAGACAUGUAUAGCCAAAGUCCGCAAAUUUGGUGAUUUGCCGAAGAAUGCUCAGGACUAUGUGCGAGCUGUCGAACGCUUAGUGAAUGUGCCGGUCAAAUGGGUUGGUGUGGGCCCUAAACGCGAGGCUAUUAUUACGCUGUUUUAAACACUUUUAUCUCUGUAUUGACUCUGUAUUUAAUUUAUAAGAAUUUGUAAGAAUAUUUAAACUUUAAAUUUGAAC